UCCUCCCGGCCACGUGGGUUUCGCCAAAUCAGAAGCCAAACCACACUUCCGAAAAUGUUAGGAGCCGCUCCGCGCCUUCCGCGGGGACUCCGGAUCCGGAGCUGGGUUUCACAUCCGCGCACAUCGCCAGAGUGGAAUUUGAGGGCUGUGCCGUGAUCUUGAUGGUUCCAACCCGGCUCCAUCAGGGCCACCGGGCACUUCCUGCGAGAUGGGGGCGGGCGCUCUCGCCAUCUGUCAAAGCAAAGCAACGGUUCGGCUGAAAGAAGACAUGAAGAAGAUAGUGGCAGCGCCACUCACCGAGCCGAGGAAUUCCACCUAUAAAAAGCUAUUUGGAGUCAGCCUGCAGGAGCUUCACCAGCAGGGUCUCACCGAGAACGGCGUUCCAGCCGUAGUGAGGAGCCUCGUGGAAUACCUGACCAUGCACGGACUCACGCAAGAAGGUCUUUUUCGGGUGAAUGGCAACGUCAAGGUGGUGGAGCGGCUCCGGUGGCAGCUUGAGAGCGGGGCGCCCGUGGAGCUGGGGACAGACGGGGACGUCAGCUCAGCCGCCAGCCUGUUAAAGCUCUUCCUGCGGGAGCUGCCUGAGCGUGUGAUCACCUCUGCGCUGCAUCCUCGCUUCAUUCAGCUCUUCCAGGAUGACAGACAUGAUGCUCAGGAGAGCAGCUUACGAGACUUAAUAAAAGAGCUGCCAGACCCCCACUACUGCCUUCUCAAGUACCUCUGCCAGUUCUUGACAAAAGUAGAGCACCACGUGCAGAACCGCAUGAACCUUCACAAUCUCGCCACGGUCUUUGGGCCGAACUGCUUUCAUGUGCCACCUGGGCUUGAAGGCAUGAAAGAGCAAGACCUCUGCAACAAGAUAAUGGCUAAAAUACUUGAAAAUUACAAUACCCUGUUUGAAGUAGAGUAUACGGAAAAUGAUGCCCAGAGGUGUGAAAACCUGGCGAGGCUUAUCAUAGUAAAAGAGGCCAAUUGUAAGAACUUACCCAUCCUUUUAAAAAAGGACUUCGAAAGAGAUGCUCAGAAGCCAUCUCCAAAAACCAGGAUCCCCAAAUCCAGGAGCGAGGGAUCUCUUCGGGUCCACAGAGUACCACAUCCAGAACUGUCUGAGAGCCUUCCUCAGGUCAGCCUGCGCCUGAGUCAGAGAAAACCCUGCUGGGAUAACAUGAAUUCAUCAGAGGAUGCUAAUGUGGCCACGUUGCUAUCCAGUUCACAGGAAGAUGAAAGACCGAUGUCACCUUUCUAUUUGAGCGCCCACGUAUCUCAAGUCAGCAACGUGUCAACGACUGGAGAACUCUUAGAGAGAACCAUCCGCUCUGCUGUGGAACAGCAUCUUUUUGAUGUGAAUAGUCCUGGAGGUCAAAGUUCAGAGGACUCGGAAUCUGGACCGUCAGCAGCAUCUUCCUCCACGUCCGCCAAACAGCGACGGCGCCAGUCCAAGGAGCAGGAUGAAGUUCGACACAGCAGAGAUAUGGGACUUCUCAACAAAGAAAAUAUUCCUUCUGGGCUCGGCAACCUUGAUGAAUGUAUUCUGAAUGCUCAGGAAGUGGGAAAAUUACAUGAAAAUACUUCCGGUUAUAUUGGAGAAAGAGGCAAACCUAAACGUCAGAAACCCAGUUCCACACUUACUGCGCUCAGUGAAAAGCAAGAUGGUCUUCCGAAUAUGGAAAGCGUCAGUCCCACACCGUCUCAGGAGAGGCCUGGACCUCAGGAUGUGGCGUUGAUGUCCAAUGAGAGCAAAGAACAUGAAAAAGACGGCAGACACACGCAGCAUUUUGAGAGCCCCGCGAUGAAGAUCCAGGAGCAUCCCAGCCUGCCUGACGCCAAGCUGCCGCGGACUCCAGAUGCCGACGACCCGCAGGAGAGCUUUGUCUCCGGAGUGCCUGAGCUGGACCUGACUGCCUUGUGUGAUGAGAAGAGCUGGGAAGAGCCCAUCCCCGCCUUCUCCUCGUGGCCGCCGGAGAGCGUGGAAGCUGACGAAGCACGCCUGUCCCCGCAGGCUGGGCGCCUGAUCCGGCAGCUCCUGGACGAGGACAGCGACCCCCUGCUCUCUCCCCGCUUCUACGCCUAUGGGCAGAGCAGGCAGUACCUGGACGACACGGAAGUGCCCCCUUCUCCCCCCAAUGCCCAUUCUUUCAUGAGGCGCCGCAGCUCCUCUCUGGGUUCCUACGAUGAUGAGCAAGAGGAGCUGACGCCUGCCCAGCUCACACGAAGGAUUCAGAGCCUUAAAAAGAAGAUCCGGAAGUUCGAAGACAGAUUCGAAGAAGAGAGAAAGUACAGACCUUCCCACAGCGACAAAGCAGCCAAUCCAGAGGUUCUGAAGUGGACAAAUGAUCUUGCCAAAUUCCGGAAGCAACUUAAAGAGUCAAAGUUGAAGAUCUCGGAAGAGGACCUCGCCCCCAGGAUGCGGCAGCGAAGCCACACGCUCCCCAAGAGUUUCGGGUCCCAGCUUGAGAAAGAAGAAGAGAAGAAGCAAGAGCUGGUAGAUAAAGCCAUAAAGCCGAGCGUCGAGGCCACACUGGAGUCCAUCCAGAGGAAGCUCCAGGAGAAGCGGGCAGAAACCAGCCGCCCAGAGGACAUUAAGGAUAUGACCAAAGACCAGAUUGCUAAUGAGAAAGUGGCCCUGCAGAAAGCGCUCUUAUAUUAUGAAAGCAUUCAUGGACGGCCGGUGAGCAAGAACGAACGUCAGAUUAUGAAGCCGCUGUACGACAGGUACCGCCUGGUCAAACAGAUCCUGUCCCGAGCCAGCACCGUCCCCAUCAUCGAAGAAGAGGAGGGUUCAGAAGAUGAUAAUAACACAAAGCCUGACUUCACAGUCACCCUGAAAACCGAGUUCAGCGCACGUUGUUUUCUGGACCAAUUCGACGAUGAUGCUGAUGGGUUUAUUUCCCCCAUGGAUGAUAAAAUGCCAUCCAAAUGCAGCCAGGACACCGGACUUUCAAAUCUUCAUGCAGCUUCAAUACCAGAACUCUUGGAACACCUGCAGGAAAUGAGAGAAGAAAAGAAAAGGAUUCGAAAGAAGCUGCGUGAUUUUGAAGACAAUUUUUUCAGACAAAAUGGAAGAAACGUCCAGAAGGAAGAUCGCACUCCCAUGGCCGAAGAGUACAACGAAUAUAAGCACAUUAAGGCCAAACUGAGGCUCCUGGAGGUGCUCAUCAGCAAGAGGGACACGGAUUCCAAGUCCAUGUGAGGAGGCAGCCCUGUCCAAGCAAAGGGGGCUGGGGAUGCAGCGUGAAUGUGCCCCCCACCGCCGCCGCCUCCCCUGGUGUAAUAGCAGCGCUGCAGAAACUGGAAGGCAGCCUCGGAGCCGGACCUGCAAAGCAUGUGCCCCUUCUGCCUCCAGGCCACUGGGGUCAGCUCCAGUGCCCUUCGCCUGCCUUAGAAACCCCCUAGGAGGAAGGAGGCCACCUGCCUCUCGCAGCGAUGUUGGGAGGCAAAGUCACGUUCCCCCGCAUCCUUGUGCGCAGAGACAUGCGGCCGCGGCGGCGGAGGCUUCACCGACAGCAGCCGCGAUGCCUCACGACGUGGAAACACACUCAUCUACGGAGAAUACACACUGUUCUUCCCUGGGUCACUGAGAAGCAGACCGUCCUCGAACUGUGACAAAAACAAGCUCAGGACUUCACUUUGGAGAGCGGACUUGGAGUGCGCGUGCGCGUUCUCUCUGGCCCCGGUCACGCAUCAGAGCCCCGUUGGCUGCCUCGGCCAGGUUCUCAUGACCUUUCCUCGGAGCUGCGUCUUCCCCAGUCGUGCGCGUUGCUUCCCGUUCAGCUCUCAGGUGAUGGAAGCAGCAUCUGCCCAGAAUGGCAGCGCAUCCUCCAGGCGACCAUGUGUUUCUCCAAGAUGUGCUCAGCGGAUAGAAUUUGGAUCCCUGACCGGGGCUGGACCACCGGUGGAGGUCGGGGCGGGGGCUGGAGCAGCGGCUGUGUUUGUGCUGAUUUUUAAAUUAGGCACCGGUGGAGAGCCCGGAGAGUUCCUCCCUGAACGUUGACUGCACUUGUGAGCCUCCGAUUUCAAUAUCCAGCGCUGAGGGAGGAAGCCAGCAGCCUGUUGAAGGUUAGGUGUGGUUUGGGCUCUAGCCAAACAAAAGGGUCUUGCUUGAUUCUUAGCUUCAGUGUAAAGGAUCAUCGGAGAGAAAGAGUCUGUAUUCUAAACCUCCUGAGUACUUACCAGAGUUCAAUUUUUUUUUUUUUUUAAGUGAACCUGCACUAAAAAUCAAACUGAGGGGUAAGUGUAGCUCUCAGAACUCAACCCAAGGCAGAAUCUCCAUCAUACUGUUUUCAAGAUCAUGUAUAAAGAGGAAAAAUAAUGACAUGUAGCCAAAUGUGAUUAGAAUUUCUUCAAAGACUGUGUCACAAAGCUGUCUAUAUUAGACAUGUUGGAGGGACCAGGAAAUUUAAGACCCCAAAUCCUUCAUCUCUGGGCUGAUGUCAUCUUGUCAUUGGUUGCUACUUUCGGACGCUCUGUAUCCACACUGAGGCAGGAGUUCUGGCUCUGCCUGCCCAUCCAAGUCCCCCUUUGUACUGUCUGAGGUCGAGCACAGGUGUCUACACAGCAGCCACUGGUUGCCCAGAGAUGGUGCUUCAGCAGACUUUGCCUUUUGAAGAGAAUGUCGCGGGUUGAACAGGACACCAAAGGGUACCAUUUUGUUUUGUUUGUCAGUUUCCCAAAUGGGUUCUCGAGGAAUUGCCUGAUCAGAUUGAAUGUGCAGUAGCAUUUUCCAUUGCUGAAGUGAGGUAGCAGCUCUCUGUUGGUUGAACAUUGUUUAAAUCAGGAGUAGAAGAAAAAAUAAUACCUGUAGGCUUGCUCAUAAAAAAUUAUCUUCUAGAAGCAGGAGCUGUGUAUCGGAAGUGCCCCGGUUUAAUCCACACACUUAAAGACGGUACAUAACCCUACAACAUAUAUAUAUAUAUACAUAUAUAUAUAUAUAUAUGUAUAUAUAUAUAUAUGGUAUUCUUUGCUCUACUGUUUACAUUGCAGAUUGCUUAUAAUUUCAAGGAGUUAUAUUAUAAAUAAAAUGAUGCACUUUAGAACGUUUUCUAUUUUUGAAAUCUGAACAUGAAUCAUUUCACAUGACCAAAAAUUGUAUUUUUUAAAAGAAAUACAUGUCUAGUUUGUCCUUUUUGAGUAAUUAUUCUCUUAACUAAGCUAUACUAUAAAUCACAUCAUCGCCAGUUAACUUUCAAAGCACAUCUGUUUGAGUACUGUUUCGAAAAAUACUAAUAUGCUCAGAACUUUAAAGAGGAAAAGGCUCUGUGUACGUGAGAAGCUACUAAAUGUUUUGAAAUCCAUUGUUUCUGCCAAAGGUAAAUUAAGUACCAGAUUUAUUCAGGAAUCCCCAUUCCAAAUUGUGCGACUGAAUAAAACACCACGUUACAGUACAGAAUGUCGUGUUUCCUUUGUGAUUUCUAGUAAUGAGCAUGCUUUCUAGAAGGUGCCAGAAUUAAGCAGGGGGAGCCCUAUUUACACUAGAUAGGAGGUUCUGGCCCUGCCAGAAAUGGUAAAUUUGUUUCCACAGCAACCGUUUCUGCAGCCCAGAGUCUCAGGGCCCCAGAGGCAGUGGCUUAAUUGGCUUCCCACAGAAUACUCUGGACUGCGGUUUUGGCUUUGCUCUCUUGGGAAUGUGUGUUUAUUAGCACAUGCCAACAAAAGAAAUGUCAAAGAUUACUUAAUAGCAAUGAUAAGGAAAAGUCAAGCAUGAAGAAACUUGAUGGUAUGAUUGUAAGAAUUAGAGCAAAGGCUUGUCCUUUUCACCAGCAUUUUCUUUUUUUUGCUUCGUAGGGCCGCACCCACUCCAUAUGGAGGUUCCCAGGCUAUAGGAGUCAAACUGCAGCUGUAGCUGCUGACCUGCGCCACAACCACAGCAACAUCAGAUCCGAGCCAGGUUUGUGACCUACACCACCGCUCACAGCGACGCCGGAUCCUUAACCCCCUGAGCGAGGCCAGGGAUGGAACCCACAUCCUUUUGGGUAGUAGUCAGAUUCAUCUCCGCUGCAGCGCAGCAGGAACGCCAGCGUUUGCUCUUAUGGUGUUGCGGUCUGGAGUGGACCUUGAAAUAGAGGUGUAUGUGUCUGUCAUGACUGCAUUUCAUCUUCGAAACAUUGCAUUUGGAUUUCGCUUUUUAGACACCCGUGUGCGAGGUUGAGGGUAAGGGCUUGCUGAGAAGUUUCUCAAGACAUGUGUUGGUAAAGGAAAUCCCGCGCAGUCUCGGUGCUCUCUGAGUCUGGGAAAUUUUCUACAAAAAAAAUCAAAUUUCAAACUAGAGAACUAAUUUUUGUAAUUGCUAGCUCUAAUUCACUGUGAGCUAGCAAUUAGACCCCUUUGGGCGCCAGUCUGAGGUCAAAAGAUGAUUAUUUGUUAGGCAGGGAUCAGCUAUGCCUCUGUUUGUGACGUCAGUGGGAUUUGUGCUUUGUCUCAUUCUGAUGCAACAUUUGCUUGGUGGUGGAAGAACCCAUUAUAGGGCGUGCCUGCUCCCAGGUGUGGCAUCUCUAGCCUGGGGACAAAUGCCUCAGGGCUGUGCUUGUUGUCAUCAGUGUGGCACCGAGAUGUCCCCAGGCCAGCAAUCUUGGAGCUCCCCCCCCCCCCGCCUCCGCCCCAAGACUGGGCAUUUAUUAAUGUGGUCGAGCGUAGAAUUCCUUAUAAGGUGAAUAUUAAGGUUUAUUAUGGGACUCAAAGUGCAGCCAUGUGGCCGAUUAAGCUGGUUGCUUCUCAGGCUGCCUGGGUCUCAGUAGACAGACUGGAGCCCUGUAUCGAGAACUGAUCACAGAUGUAUAAGGACAGUCAAAAUUGAAAGUUUGUUGAUUCGUUUUUUAAGAGAUUCUUCAUCUGAGCAUGAAGAUGCCAUUUUGUCUUAAGGGUUUAGACCUCAGUACCUUUGAUGAUAAUUUACAGUUGAAGGCUCUUAACUGCUCUGUGAGAAUCUGGUCGUGGUCUAAAUUGGCGUUGCUUUCAGGACGGGUCUUCCUGAGACGCUGCUUCCUUGGGCAGGGGGUGGUUGAUCUGCGCCAAGAUCCACAGCUCCGUGAUUCUCUUUCAGAGCAUCCCUUAGGUUAAACCAAUAGGAAGAGCCCUGGACUAAAACACUGAAGCAGUGUUUCCUCGGAAGCCCAUGAGUUGGCAAAAGCCAGGAUGUGUUUCCUUCCUUUCCUUCAUUCCUUUUAUUUGUUUCCCCAGGUGACUCUCAAACAUCUACUGUAGAGUACAUUUUGUGAAAAGCUGGGCUAAGCAUAUUCUGAAAUCUGUAGGUAGUGACGUGGUGCUCACUGACGCUGCUUCACGCGGUGGCUGACCCAGCAGGUGCCAAAGACGGGUGAUGUAGAGGCAGCCACUGCACGGGGGCAUCGGCCACCUUCCUGAGUAGAGCCUGAGCCCUUGGGGGCAUCUUUGCGAUCCUUCAUAACAGGUGUAUGUGGAUAGGCUGAGGUCGGGUGCAGGUCUCCACAGAUGCAAUCUGCAUCUGCAGCUUCCGUGUCGCUAUGAAACUGCAGUUAUGCCGCUGGAGGGUCUCGUUCCGCCUGGAAUCCAGCCAGUCGUGGUCAUGCGCGCAGCUCAAGAUGUCAUGUUGGCAGAUCUCAUUCUCGAUCUGAAAGCACCGCCGACAGGGCCACCAACAUCUCCAAGAGUGGAUGGAUACAAUGUCAGACAAUCACCUGGGCCCGGAGCAAUGUUUACAUGAUGUAUAAGCAGAAAGUAUUUGCAUUACAGGUGUUCCUUUUUUAAAAUGGAAACUGAGUGAAAACAUGUUAUGUACAUUUUUGUACAUGACUGUAUUUUGUAGAAACUUAAAUAAAAUAUUUUUCAUCA